AUGGCGGACGACGCGCCUCCUGCUCAUGCUGAGGAGCCCGUCAGCAUGGAGGCACCGAACGAAUCUGCAGCUCCUCAUGAGGGUGCUGCAUCAGCUGGAUCAGAGACGAAGCAAGAGGGUGGGGAGGCGAAGGCCGAAUCAGGCAGCGUACAGAGUGAGGAAACCUCAUUGGAGCAGCAAGCUGAGAAAGCUCCAGUCACUGAGAACGCUGUUGCAGAUGCUAUUGCUGCCGCCACUCCGCGUGGGGAGAAACCUUUGACCGAAGCAAAAGCCGAGGAGCUUGCUGCAAAGGAAGCGGAGAUUGCUGAGCCAGCGGCGGAGACCAAAAAAGUGAUCAAGGAGGAGAAGACUGCGCCUCUGGAAGAGCUGGCACCAGCCCUAGACCAGAAGCUCAGCUUGAAGGUAGAGAAGCCGGCCUCCCAGCCUUCCAGCCCCUCUGCUGGAGAGAACAUCCUACCAACGUCACCUCAGAUCCGGGCUAUUACCGGAAACGAUUCUGCUCUGCCCGUCAAGGAGUAUCUAAACUCCACAAUUGUGCCUGUCCUUCGGGACGCCCUGAGGGCGCUCGUCAAAACAAGGCCAGAGGAUCCGUACGAGUUUGUUGCCAAGUAUCUUGUUGAACACAAGCCACGCAAGUAGCCAGCUG